UCGUUCGGGUCUCUGUCUACAGACAUCGCCAGAAGUCAGACACCGGUGACCUAUAAAAAUAUUUCCUUACUAUCAAACAUAACUCUGACAUGUCUUCAAGCAUUUUCAUUUCAAACUUGGUGAGGAAAUUAGGCCGUGAAACACACCAAACGGUGGCCUGGAGCUAAGUUCCCAGAAUAGUGAGAUAUUUUGUAUAAUUUACAUGAGGUAAAACCAAUGUGGCGGCUACGAGAGGUGACGCGUCUUAUUGGCUUCGCCUUAAAAGGUGUUCAACGUAUUACAUCGAUUGGAAGUUACAGAAACAUAGGCAAUCGUCUCUUGCAAACCCUGCCGGCUGAGAGCCAUUCAAAUCCAGUAAGCAUUGUUCACACAAACAUGAAAGUUCACAUACUUCCUGCUCUUUCUGAUAACUACAUGUACCUUGUUGUUGAUGAGAAAACACAAGAAGCUGCCAUAGUAGAUCCUGUGGAACCUAAAAAGGUUGUUAAUGCUGUCCAAAAAGAAGGAGUAAAACUAACAACUGUGUUAACUACUCAUCAUCAUUGGGAUCAUGCAGGUGGAAAUGCAGAGUUAGCUGAACUUGUGAAGGGGCUGACAGUUUGUGGUGGUGAUGACAGAAUUGGUGCAUUGAACAAGAAAGUUAUUCAUGGUGAUCAGUUAAAGAUUGGAAGCCUUGAUGUCAAAUGUCUUUUUACACCUUGUCACACAAGAGGGCACAUCUGCUAUGUUGUUAUUGGCCAACCAAGUGCCGUGUUCACAGGUGACACCCUCUUUGUGGCAGGCUGUGGAAAAUUCUUUGAAGGGCAUCCUUCAGAAAUGUAUAGGGCCUUAAUUGAGAUACUUGGAAAAUUACCCGCGGAUACUCUGGUCUAUUGUGGUCAUGAGUACACAGUGAAUAAUCUGAAGUAUGCUGUUCAUGUUGAACCUGAAAACCCAGAAAUUCUCAGACAUAUUGAGUGGUCUAAGAACAAAAGAGAAGCAAAUGAACCAACAGUUCCAUCCUCUAUUGGCAAGGAGCUCAAAUUUAACCCAUUUAUGAGAGUUCAUGAGGAAAAUGUGAAGAAAUAUACAGGAAAAUCAGACCCAAUAGAUGUGAUGGGAGCCCUUCGGCAAGACAAGGACAAGUUCAAACCUAAACACUGACUGGGAUUAGAUUCGGAAUAUUUAUUUAUGCACAGUGCUGAAGAAAUUAAUUGCUUUUAUUUCAAUCAAGAUUGUAGGGUUUGUACAGACACCAGCAGUUUUGGCAAAUGAUUGAAAUCUGUAAACUAGUUUACCAUACCUUCAAAGUGAAAAAAUAAAUUAAUAGUUUAAAAACUGCUUGGUAAUUAUUCAGAAGUUUUUCUUUUAACACCAAGCUAUAAGCUACAAAAGGAGCAAAAUAAAUGUUUGUACCAGUUUCAGAAUUAAAGGAAUUCCAUGAAGACACCAUUUAAUUAACAGAGACAAGUGUAAGGGAAGAUUAUUCUUUACCUAAAACCUGACUUGGAGGGAUCAAUGUGUCGCACUUAUUUCAUCUUAACUUUCUCAUAAUUUUAGGUAUGAUGAUAAAGUUGGGUAAAAAAUAAAUAAAAUCUAAGCAUUUUUUGUUUGUGUGAGUUAUACUCUGUGCCUUUGUUUUUAGUUUUAGGAAAAGGGUCAAAAUAAUUUGAGACAAGUUUUAGUUGUACUUUCCUUUGUUUUAGAUACAUUACCAUAAUCCUUAAACAAAGAGAAACAUAACUUA